UAAAAUUCCCUACUAAGGUUAGAUUUGGAUCGAGGAAUAUGUGAUAAGUUAUUGUGACUGCUUUGGUGAUUGUUAACAAUUUAUUCGAACAUUAUUUGUGAAACGUUUGUUAUUAAUUGACUUCUUUAGUGUGUCCAGUCAUUCGCGACCUGAUUACGUAAAUAAUUUGCGAAAAAUCCCAACGAAAAAGCCGUGUAACUGUCCGAGGUAUGCUUUUGAAACUUAUGGCCAUGCGUUUUUAAGUCGAUCAUGGUUACUAUCCAUAUUGUGAAUAUUACGUUUAACCGAACGAAGAAAUUUUAACAUAACCCGAAGUACAACGGUUUAAAGUACUUAUAGUUAAAUUUUAAUUGACUAUGGCUUCACAUGUUACACCUUCACAAAAUCCAACCUCAAAAUUACUACCCAACUCUGAACCAUCCGGUCAGGGUCCUUCUUACGCACGUGCUGUAAAAUCAACCGAAAAUAAAGAAAUUAUAGAUGAUGAGCCCCCAAAAGACCCACAGCCCCCUCCAAUCACUCAACCUGUGGAACCCCAAACAGUCCCAACAGCACAAGAUGAUCAAGAAGGUACUUUUACUCAAGUGGUAAGCCACAGUAGGCGCGAGCGUAAAAAUGAAAGGCAAAGACGUGAUCGCAACAAAGAUGCACCCCACAAAAAUGUAAAUGGCUUCAAGGAAAAAGACCACCCCCGUGACAUGAAACGAGAAGUUUCCUACGAAAAAGGCGAAAAGGAUAUGGAUAAAGAACCCGAGAAGAAAAUGUUUAUUGAGGCCCCUCUGCCAAAAGUCAACCCGUGGUUGAACAAAAAUGCUGCACUUGUGGUGGCAAAACGUACUGUACAAACACAAAAAUCAGAACCAAUCCCCAAUGGACCCACAAAGUCCAAAGAUUCUAACAAUAAGAAGAAACAACAAAAGGUUAGUGAUUUCGCAUAUGGCGGCGAUUGGCCCACGCUCGGCGACCACUCCACAGAGCGUAAAUCGCCUGUUAAUCAAGUGGUGCCAGAUCCUCCUCAAAGCAGCUCAAAGCAAUCCUCUUCUAAUGAUGGAGACACCACCGAUCCGGCGGAACAAGAAGAGGUUGAGACCGAAAAGAAGAAGAAAAACUCGAAGCACAAAUGGGUUCCGUUGGACAUCGAGUUGAGGAAGGGCAAAAAAGACCCGGACUCUUCAAGACAUAAGGAACGCUUUGAUACGCAAUCCACGGUUAGCGAUGGCGAUAAAGAUUGGAGAGCGGAAAUCAACGGCGGUGGUCAUCAUCAGGGUAACGGUAGACAAUCAAGACCAGCGUCGGCUGCUCCCCGAGGCAGAGGCCAUCGAAAUCGCGGUGGACGACGAACCGCUUUUAAUAGAAACGCGAGAGGUUCGCAUGGAAAUGCCGAAAAUUCAUCGGAAUACACUUCGGAUUAUGCUUUAAAGUAUGGCUUGAAUAUGGACUUGGUGAACAUCACGCCUUAUAUGGGAACUUUUUAUUUCAACAGUAGUAGUUACGUCAAUUUAGAUAGCCCAACAUUGAAAGCUCACGUUAAGAACCAGAUCGAGUAUUAUUUCAGCGAAGAAAAUCUGAUGCGGGACUUCUUUUUGCGAAGGAAGAUGGACGCCGAUGGUUACUUGCCCGUUACGUUAAUCGCUUCGUUUCAUAGAAUUCAAUCCCUAACUAGCAACAUUUCUUUGGUGUUGGACGCAAUCGCUAGUUCGGAUAAAUUAGAAUUAUCUUCAGGAUUUAAAGUGCGCACUCGUCAAGAUCCCAAAAAGUGGCCCAUCCUCGACAAAGGCGAAGACGACAAACCACUCUCCCUAGACCAGCUGGUGCCUCCUCCUCCGUUGCCUAAAACUUUUAGAGAUCCGCACGUCGAAAAUCUUAACCCCGACGUCGCCGAAUUCGUACCACAUGACAAUAUAAAUUCUACAGAUUCUAAUCAGGAAUGCCAAAACCCGAAAAAAACUACAACGAUCACUGCCAAUGCUACAACUGACGAUCAUCACCAAGAGAUAUUAGAUGACAAUACCUGGAAAGAGGUGAAAAGAAAAACAAAAGAAGCCAAAUCAAAGAAAGAUCCAAAAGAAAAAACUGAGCAACAAAAAAAUGAACGCGAAGAGCUCGAAUUUUAUUUUGACGAAGAGCUCGAAGAUGUUCCAACCGGACGUCAAAAUACGUUCACCACGGAUUGGUCCGAGGAUGACUUGGACGAACUGAGCGAUCGUGACAUUAACAAAAUUCUCAUAGUAACUCAAUCGUCUCGCGUACCAAAACAUGAGGGUUAUGAUCGCACGGGCGAUUGGACGACCCGAGUAAAAAUGACCGAAGAAUUAGAACAAGCAAUCAACGACGGUUUGUAUUAUUACGAGGAAGGUUUGUGGAACGACGCUUCUGAUCGACCCAGUAGUGGUAGUUAUCGCACCGUAAGAACGAUUACCCAAGAAGUGUUCGAAAUGAUGGCGCCGCCGGCACCGAAAAAACAAAACCCUGAGGUUCCACCACCACCACCACCGGUGAUGGUUGAACGUCAACAACCUGCAAAACAAUCAUCGACAACGGGAGGUCGCAAUCAAAGACAACAUAGCCAACGUAACGUUCCUAGAUUUUAUGCGGUUGUUAAGGAUGAAUCUCCCGAUCCGAGAACACCCCGCAAACGCAAAACAAGACAUUCUAAUAAUCCUCCCGUCGAAAACCAUGUGGGAUGGAUUAUGGAUGUUAAAGAGCACCGAGUUCGUACCACUUCGGCUGGUAGUAGUAUGGGAACUAGCCCCAAUGAAAGCCAAUUAGCAACAAGUUUGGGUAGCAUACCUCAAUCAUUACCAACGUUCCAACACCCAUCACAUGCUUUAUUAAAAGAAAACAAUUUCACUCAACAAGCUUAUCAUAAAUAUCGACAACGUUGUUUGAAGGAACGAAAACGAUGGGGUAGCGGACAGUCGAGCGAAAUGAACACUUUAUUCAGAUUUUGGUCAUUCUUCUUACGCGAGAACUUCAACCGAUCGAUGUACGGAGAAUUCAAAUCCAUCGCCUUGGAGGAUGCCGAAAAAGGUUAUCGUUACGGACUCGAGUGUUUAUUCAGGUUUUAUUCAUAUGGUCUCGAGAACAAAUUCAGGCCGCAUUUAUACGAAGACUUCCAAACGGAAACCAUCAAGGAUUACGAAAACGGACAAUUAUAUGGAUUAGAGAAAUUUUGGGCUUUCCUCAAAUAUUAUAAACACAGUGGCAACCUUCAAAUUAAUACUACCCUUAAGCAAUACUUGUCCAAGUUUAAAACCAUCGAAGAUUUUCGAGUUGAAGAGAUAAACGAAGUGAAACAUCAAAACGGGAGGGUCCAGAAUCGUGGUAAAGGGGGAGGAAGAAAUCGCAGCGUAUCCGAAAGUCAAACCGGCGUGGCGAUGGCGAAUGCGGCGCGCAAUAAUGAUGAUCGUCGAAACUCGGGUAGUAAUAAUACAAAACUCAGGAAUGAUAUACGUGAUCAGUCCGGAACAAGUGCUCCGGCUUCAACAGGAUAUUUAUCUGGUCGAGACAGGUCUCGUACAUACUCUUUUGGAUCGGCGCGUUCACGUAACAAUACUCGUAACAGAACGGAGCUGUGGAGACAAAGGGAUACUGAGAGUAAGUAAUAAAUGAAAUGUUAAUUUAAAAAAGAAAACAAGUAUGCGAACGGUCUUAGUGUAAUAGUUUCGAUAAUAGGUAAGAAAGAGACUGCGCAGGCAAACGCUUGAUGGGCGGAAAGACAACUUAACGUCACUGUAAUAUUGGUUAAGUAGCUCUAAAAUCCCGAAUGUACAGUACCGUAAGAAAAAGCACUGAGGGGAAAAUGUGAUCGGACGACCUUGUCCACCUCAUAAUGUAAAUAGCGAAAGGGAAAACUAUACUCAGUGCCAUUUUUGCCUUAUACAGAUGGUUAAAUACGUUUUUCGAGAAUCAUUAACUUUAGCCACAAUUUUUUUUUUGUCAGAAGCGAAGAGUCUGUUCACGAGUUUUUUUGGUAGUUGUUUACGUUUUUUCUUUUUUUCUAUAAUUGGGUUACUAUGUGUACAUAGGUUUAUAAAUAUAUAUAUAUAGCUAUACAUAAUAUACAUAAAUAAGGAAAACCGCUCAUAAUGUUAUACAAAGUAUAUUUACAUUAGCCCUCUACGUUAGCUUUUUCGUUUUUUUUUGAUGUUUAACUUGAAAGUUUAUUGAUAUUAUUAAUUUGGCGGGCAGUUCCAAUUUUUUCAGAUACUGAGACUAGGAACUGGCCGCUUUAAUACAUAUUAUUUAAAUUGUGGUACUAUGUUAAGAUUUAAUCUUUAUAGUUUAAAUUUCAAUGUGCAGGAAAUUUCAUUUUCAUUUUAUUGUGUUUAGGCGUUCGUUUUAAAACUAAAAAAUUCAAGUUACUUAAAAUCGAAACAUUUUCUAUUUGCGUUAACGUCACCCGAACAAUUUUCAAGCACCACAUACAGAAUCAUCUUUUUAUAAAGUAAGUAAUUACUAAAUUUAAUUGAUAAGAGAAAUUUAAUAUUUUUUAAUAAUAAUCGUAUAGAGUGAUUUUUUAUUUGAUGAACUAGCAAAAAAAGAAACGAUGUUAUCUUAUAAGUAUAAUUACAUACGCAACUAUUAGGUAAGGCUGAACAUAACGUUGCUGUAGUGUGAGAAAUUAUUUUUAAAAAUUACACUGGCAAGUUGUAGCAACGUGAAGUAGAAACUUAUUAAUUUCAUUGGCACCCAAUUAAUUAAUUUCUGACACUACAUUUACUGUUAGUCAUUACAGAUUGUCUAUAACUGAUUAAGUUAGCUUGUAAAUUGUGUUUUUGGAAGUGUGAUUACUUAUUGUCUUCCAGUAACACUAAAAAAACAAAAAAAAAGAUUAAAACUCCACAAAAACCGCAA